AUGUCCGCCCCUAACGAUAUUAUCCUCUACCAUUACCAAUUUUCUCCUUUUGCCCGCAGGGUAACAUGGUAUCUUACUCUCCGCGGGAUCCCAUAUGCGGAAUGCCUCCAACCGGCCAUCCUUCCCCGUCCCGAUCUCGAGCGCUUGGGGGUUGCAUACAGGCGUAUCCCCAUCCUCGCCCACGGUCGGUCAAUCUACUGUGACUCGCGCCUUAUUUUGGAGAAACUCGAGUCAGCUUUCCCCAAUUCACACUUAGAGAGCAUCGACCCAGAACAAGAAGCUGUUAGGCAGCUGCUCGCAACUUGGACCAUUGACGGUGGCAUCUUCAUGCGGGCUGCGCAAAUGAUCCCGCCGGAACUCCCGUUGCUCAAGGACCCAAAGUUCCAGAAAGAUAGAGAGAAUUACACUGGUCGUAGUUGGAGCGAGGAACAAGUCAAGGCGCUCAGACCGGAGGCAAUUGUCCACAUUCAGCAGGGGUUUGAUUUUUUGGAGAAGGGGCUUUUGGCCGAUGGCAGGGAAUGGAUCCUUAACACUAAGGGGCCUUCAUUGGCCGACAUCGAGGCCAUAUGGCCUUUCCAUUGGAUGAUCGAUCUGAAAAGGGCGUUGCCAAAAGACAAAUUCUCGCCAGACAUAUAUCCAAAGGUGUACACAUGGGUGAAGCGUUUUAGUGAGGCUGUGGCGACUGCUAAAGCGAAAAUGGACAAACCUGUGAGGUUGAGUGGUGAGGAGGCCGCGAAGGUCACAAAUUCUGCAUCUGUAUCACCGAUCGAUCGCGAAGGCGAUUUGGUAGAUGACGGUGACCCCACCCACUUGAAACAUGGUGCGCAAGUGGAGAGCUGGCCCAUUGACACUGGGUUCAAAUCCAGGGAUCGUGGAAACCUCGUGAGAUUGAAUGAGUACGAGUGUGUGUUGGAGAAUUCGCUGGGCGUUAGAAUAUACCAUCCGAGAUGGAACUUCAGGAUUCAAGCAGUGAAGAAUGACCGAGCGAAAAUGUGA